CGUGUAUUUGGGUGCUCCUGCUACGUCCUUCUUGCUCAACGGGAGCGCACGAAACUCACACCUAAGGCUGUUCGGUGUGUUUUCCUCGGCUAUAGCGAGAAGCACAAAGGGUACGUGUGCUAUGAUCCUACUGCUAGACGUAUCCGAAUUUCAUGUCACAUAGUUUUUCUUGAGCACGUGCCGUAUUAUGGGUCCGCGACUACAGACGUUUCCUCAUGCAUGGACUUGGAAUUCUUACGUCCAUAUGAUUAUUCCACUCCUAGUUUAGCACCAGCGGAGGAAGGUGAUGAGCUAGACACUUUAGAGCAUGGUCCAAGUUCCAAUUCUUCAGAGGGGUCCUCGCAUUCUUCCACUUCUUCUGCUGGGUCUUCUUUCACUUCGCCCUCGUCGCCCUCUUUAUCAAGUAGUACUGAUUCCGACUCUGGGACACCGUCGUCCUCCUCAGAAUCCUCUCAAGACAUGGCUGGUUCGCAGGCCGAUCCUCCUGAUAGCCCUCCCCCUGUUCGUCGGUCUACCAGGGUGAACAAAGGUGUCCCGCCACUCCGUCAUUCCGAGUUUGUUGCUUUUUCCACUCCGUCAAUUGUGGUGCCAGCUACUUACAAGCAGGCUCGGGGCAUCGAGCAUUGGGAGAAGGCUAUGGAUGUGGAGAAGGAUGCUCUUGAUGCUGCCGGAACUUGGGACUUAGUGCCACGACGUCCUGAAUUCUCUGUCAUUGGUAGUAAGUGGGUCUAUACAGUCAAAAUGUUACCUGAUGGGAGUGUUGAGCGGUUUCGUGCACGUGUCGUUGCUCAAGGUUUUUGCCAAGAGUAUGGGGUGGAUUAUGCCGAAACGUUUGCUCCUGUAGCUAAAAUGCAGACAGUACGUAGUUUGCUGACAGUGGCGGCUAUGAAGGGGUGGGCUCUUCUUCAAUUAGAUGUGAAGAAUGCUUUUCUUCACGGUGAUCUUAAGGAGGUCAUAUAUACGGAGAGACCUCCAGGUUAUACUCGGGGUGACAGUUCUAUGGUGUGUCGGCUCAAGAGGUCCCUGUAUGGAUUGAAACAAGCUCCUCGUGCAUGGUUUGAGAUGUUCCAGGACACCAUUCUGGAUGCAGGCUUUGUCCAGAGUAACAGCGAUCCCUCUCUAUUUCUUCGUCAUACCACUCGUGGUCUUACAGUGCUUUUAAUCUAUGUUGAUGAUAUGAUUGUCACAGGGAAUGAUCAGCUUGGUAUACAGGAGCUCAAACAGGUGUUGCAUUCAGCUUUUAAUCUCAAGGAAUUAGGUGAUCUAUCUUAUUUUCUGGGACUCGAGAUACAUCGGUCAACAUCUGGUCUUCACGUCUGUCAACGCAAAUACAUUAUUGAUCUGCUAGAGGAAGCACAGAUGGAUGAGUGUGUGGCCUGUAGCACUCCUAUGGAGCAAAAUCUUAAGAUGCGUUCUGGGGAUGGUGACUUGCUUUCUAAUGCCUCAUUGUAUCGUCGUAUCGUGGGUAGCUUGAUAUAUCUUACCCAUACGCGUCCAGAUAUUUCAUAUGCAGUACAGGUGGUGAGCCAGUUCAUGAAUGCACCUCGGUCUACUCAUUGGGCUGCAGUUCAUAGGAUUGUGCGGUAUUUAAAGGGCACUCAAGACGUGGGGCUAGUGUUUCCUGUGGCAGGUGAGGAAGUGAUGGAGGCCUAUGCUGAUGCAGACUAUGCGGGUUGUUUAGAUACCAGACGAUCUACCUCCGGAUGGUGCGUUAGGUUGGGUCAAUCUUUCAUAUCAUGGCGCUGUAAGAAGCAGGAUAGGGUCUCGAAGUCAUCGACUGAAGCUGAAUAUAGGUCCAUGAGUGAAGUUUCUUCUGAGAUUGUGUGGCUGAAGCGACUUUUAGCUGAGCUUGGAGUGGUUGUUCGUUCACCUAUUCGCUUACAUGUGGAUAAUACGAGUGCUAUUCGUAUUGCGACUAACCCGGUACUUCAUGACAGGACCAAACAUAUCGAGGUUCAUGUUCACUAUAUACGUCAACUUGUUGCAGAGGGUGAAGUUGAACUCGCUUACAUAACUUCUGAGGAUCAGACUGCAGAUCUUUUGACCAAGGCCGUUGCUUCUGCUAGGCAUUGGUUUCUUGCACACAAAUUAAUGUUGCGACAGCUACAUUAAUUUGAGGGAGGGUGUUGAAGUAUAUGUACCUAUAUGUAAUUGUCCAAGUACCAACAUGUAGUUUGCCGGGUUAGGGUUAGCAUAGUCGUAUAUAUAUAUUGGUGUAUGGCUGUACAGAGGUAAGGUGAUUUUAUGUGAAUAAGAGUUGGCCGCCGUUCUCCGUGGACUAGUCCUAACGACAAUCGUUAGGGAAACCACGUUAAUCUGUGUCUCGUGUUCUCAGUGUUCUUGGUAUAAUUGACAGAUCUACCCUCGUUUCCUCUUGGUAGUACAUCAAACAUGUAUUCUCCUGCAAACCCACGAAUCCUCUGCCGCCUCCGCCGCUUUCCCCUGCUCUGACCUCCACCAGAUCGUCUUAGAAAUCAAUUGUCUCCAUGAUUCCUCUCAACCAAAUUAAUCCAUUUCCGGAGGUGUAAGACAGUGCGAAUCCUCCUCUCCCGCCACAAGAAUCAGACAUCACCGGCUACCAUCUUCCCUUGCACGGCCAGCGGGUGAGAUCUUACACAAAAGGAACGAACCGACCUUCUGUCUCCUUCCUCAACGAAGACUAGCAUCUACAUCUUCUCCUCUCGAGUUUGAGAGCAGCAGAGGUGUGCGGCGGCGACAGUGGGCCGGGCAGAACCAGAGGUGGCCGGCGGGGCAGAUCCUUUCCUUUCUUAUUCGGCCCCGAGCGACGCAGCGGCAAACCUGGCGGCGGCGGCUGGACACACGGAGCAGGCGAAAUUGGUUAUUAAUUACGAAUGAGUUGGGGGCGUAUUCGUCGGUUUAGGUAAUUUAGGGCGAAUUAUUUGAAAAGUUAGGGCGUUAAAUAGAAAUUCAGUUUUCUUUUAGAGCCGAUGAUGGGUUUUACAAACAACAGUCCCACUAUGUUUGGGAUGGAGGGUAAAUGUGAAGAACCAGUUGAGGUUCAAUCGUGGAUCAUAUACCGUUUACUAAUACCUCCUGAAAAUCAAGUCAUUCAGAUAGUCUUGGAGUUUGGACAAGUACAUGUUCGGAUAUCAUGUGCUUAACAUAAACAUAUGGGGGGUCAUCGGGAAUCGAACAGAAGAUCUCAUGGUCACAGAAGGCUCUGAUAGCAUGUUAAGAACCAGUUGAUCCCAAUAACUCGAGUUGUUGGGAGAGAUUCAUUCGUGAAUCAUAUACAGUUUACUAAUAGCAACGUGAAUCCAAUCCAAUCUACUAUGUUUUCUCAUUUUGAGGUCGACAACAUCUCCACCAAAUCCAUUUUUCGAUUUUUUUGUUUCCAUAAUCUUUGACUAUCGUGCUUAAUCGCAAGUAACUGCAAACCACAAUUUGAUGUUAGUGAUUAACUACAAAUUAUUUGCGGUGCCAUUGCAGUUGGUAAUUUUGCCCUUAUUAAGUUGUGGUUAACCGCGUAAUUCGAUGUGGUUAACCGCAAAAUAGCAAUUGUUUUCACACUCCUAAUUUUCUAAUGCAUGUACCCCAUUUGGAUAACUAGCUUAUAACCCGGCCCGUUGGCCGAAUGAGGAUAACAUUAUGCAUGUUCAUAUUUGAGUAUAUAUUUUUGUGUUAUGUUUAUAUAUCAACCUUGUCGACAAUCAUUCUGAAUGACGUCUAGAGAAUGGAUGUAUAGGUGUAAUAUUUGAAGGAGUAGAGUGUGAAAUAUAAGAUGAAGCUAAUCUAAUGCCCAUUCAAAUUAUUUAAAUAGGUACCCUUAAUCCCAUUUUCAAAAUGAGAAUUUAGCCCAAAAUGAAAGAAUAAUGAAACAUUAAAAGUUUC